GUUCGAAUCCUUCCGAUAUGACCGUAGCGCAUGCUCACAUCGCAUCAGUAUGUGACAGAUUUUCUAACCUCGAGAACUCGUCAAAUUUAAUGAUAAAUAUCUCGAUUCGCGGGGCAGAGUGACACUUUUUCUACCGGAUUUGUUUGUUUCAUGUAAAAACGCAUCGAUUAAGCCCAAUUUCUUCAAAAUCGGAGGUAAUGAAGGCUAAACUGAAUAAUUACCAGAUUCUGUUUGUGAGAGUCGGACACGUGCGUUUAAAGACACUUUUGGCAUGCUCGAAAAAAAAUGGUAUUGAUUUAUCGAACAUAUUAGAAAUCAAUGAAUUGCUAGCACGUGUUCAGCUGAAAAUCGCACAAUAAUAUUCAAAGUUUAAUAAUAUUGAUGCUUAAUAAUUGUGGUUAUUUUGGGUAUCACAGGUUAUUUGCUAAAUUCAUUUUCGUUUAUCCAUUAAUGGAACAAGAAACAGCUUAGAACAGUUAUAAAAGAAAAAAAAACUGUAUUAGAAGACGGAUAAAUAUCAUUAGUCAAAAUGUCUAAACGUCCAGAGCGUAUGGCACCACCUGAGGUGUACUAUGACGAAACAGAAGCUAAGAAAUACACCCAAAAUUCUCGUAUGAUAGAGAUCCAAGAAAAGAUGUGUGAACGUGCUAUAGAACUUCUUACGCUACCUGAAGAUGAGAGUUGCUUACUUUUGGAUAUCGGUUGCGGUUCAGGCCUCAGCGGCGGCGUAUUGGAAGAUCAGGGACAUGUAUGGAUAGGUGUUGACAUCUCUUCAGCUAUGCUUGAGGUAGCUGCUGAAAGAGAAACAGAUGGUGACUUGAUCCUGGGAGAUAUAGGUCAAGGAUUGCCAUUUAAAGCUGGUUCGUUUGACGGAGCUGUUAGUAUCUCUGCGCUUCAAUGGUUAUGCUAUGCAAGCAAAGCUUCACACAAUCCUACGAAACGUUUAUAUCGUUUCUUCUCGUCACUGUAUGCCUGCUUGUCAAGGACCGCAAGAGCAGUGUUACAAUUCUAUCCGGAGAACAGUGAACAGGUUGAACUGAUCACAGCACAAGCUACAAAAGCUGGUUUUUUUGGUGGUGUGGUCGUUGAUUUCCCAAACAGCACAAAAGCAAAGAAAAUGUUCUUAGUUUUAAUGACCGGGGGAGCUGCUCCGCUUCCGAAGGCACUAGGUGUGGAAAACCAAGAUAGACAAACUGUUGCCAACUCAAGAAGGGAAUACAUAAAGAAAGCCAAAGGUAAAUCAUUGAAGAAAAGUAGAGAUUGGAUUUUAGAGAAGAAAGAAAGGCGGCGACGACAAGGAAGAGAAGUUAGAGAUGAUUCCAAAUAUACUGGACGAAAGAGAUCUGGUCGAUUCUAAGAUCUACUUCGUUAACUAUUAUAAAAUACUAUUAAUAAAAUAUUAUUUUUAAUAAUUUACAUUAUUGUAAAAAACUUCAUAAAGUUUGAUUAAUUCUUGUCCAUUUAUAUACCGAUCAAUCUAAUAUUUGAAAAUAAUAUGAAUAUAAAAUAUAUUCUUUAAUAACAAAGA